GUACCAUCCAUAAUGUUAUGAACUUUUUCCCCCAAGCACAUGUACUAUUAAAAAGAAGGAGCUAUGACGUGUAACUGGAUUAGGUAUGCAAAUGAAAUGGUGCAGAGAGAUUAAAUUAACGAUUCGGCGACAAAUCGUGGUCAGAGUAAUUAAGGUCUUUGUAAAACGAUCAAGUGUAUUCGAUGGUUACAAUUAAGCCGCACUGCACUGAGCUCUAUAGCGCAAAUUCCACAAUAAACAACAUAAUCGGUACAUUAUCUAAAUAAACGUGACUUACAUUUCCAGUCGACAUAUGACCAUAUAUUCGUUAUUGCUACAAGAUUCAUUUUCUAUAUACCGAGAUACUGAUUUUGCAGACAUGACAUACAGUUAAUUAUUUAGCCGCAUUCAGCUGCAGUUCUCUACCUCAGCUACAGCUUCAACGUAAGCAACACCUGUAUUCAUUGUCUGGCGCAGUCGGCUAUUAAAUUCUAGUUAAUAAACAGUUUGUUUCUACUAUAGGGUUAAUUGCUUUUUAAAACUGUAAUAUUCCAAAGCAGCGCCAGAGAAACCAACUUUAAAAUCAGAAAAUCGCAAGUAUCUUUACAUAUAACCUUAUCGGCAAAUGAAGGGAUGAUAAAACAUUACACGCCAGGGUCCAAAGCGAUCUGUGCAGACAAAGGAUAUUUGAACAUUUUUGACGAGUGAGGAUUAUUUUUUUCUUUUUUCCUCCUAUCUAGCAAUCCCUCGGCAGACAGGUUUUUGCCAUUGCAGCUCAGCAGAGGGUGUUAGAUCUGUCUCAGAGCACAAGGCUGUAGCGAACAGAGCCUUUUCGUAACCCCGUUUAUAAAUAAGAAACACGGGGUGGAAAUAUAACCUGGAGAAAAUGACCAAGAGCGAAAAGAGAAAGAUGCAAGGAUUUUGGAUUUUUUUAAAUGCCCAUGAUCGGCUGUAAAUUUUCGAUUCUGUUUCAUUUCAGCACCGGGGAGUGAGAAAAGCACCCACUAGAAGAACCGCACUGCAAGGAAAAAUAAAUAAAUAACCGACGGAUUAUUAUUUUUUGGAACAAAAGGUCAGUUGUAAAAUUAAGAUGCGUGGCAGAGCGAUGCGUUUAGUUAUAAUUUUGCUGUUUUCAGCUGCAUAAUGGUGUUUCGAACAAAAGAAAUUGUUCAGUAGGCUAUAUAGCAUUUUGUGAGUAACAGUGCACGUCUGGACAAAGCUGGCUACAUUGGAAUGGGUGAAAAUACUUACUGUCGUCGUAAUUUUUAGACAGCAUUUUAAUGUAAAAUGUCAAAUACUUGAUUUUCUUCAUCGCAUUCAUGCCUUGAAAUCGGAAUGAAUUGUUCGCAUUAAAAUGCUGCUUUGGAUUGUGUUGCUGAAGGCGACUCUUUGUGUUGCUAUUGGGAAUGUUACAAGGGACAUUUGUAAAGAGCAGAUCUGCUCAUGCAAUGAAAUAGAGGGUGAUUUGCACAUUGACUGCGAGAAAAGGAGCUUUUCAAAUCUCCACCAUUUAACUGGUCCCAGCUCUCAGUUUUAUCACUUGCUACUUCACGGAAAUUCAUUGUCAAGACUGUUUCCCAAUGAGUUCGCUAACUUUUAUAAUGCUGUUAGUUUACAUUUGGAAAACAACGGUUUGCACGACAUUGUUCCCGGUGCUUUUCUGGGAUUGCAGCUUGUCAAACGACUUCACAUAAAUAACAACAAGAUACGAUCGUUUAAAAAGAGCACAUUUUUAGGCUUGGACGACCUGGAAUAUUUGCAAGCGGAUUUCAAUCUGCUGAGAGAUAUUGACCCAACUGUGUUUAGAGACCUAAAUAAACUUGAAGUUUUAAUUCUGAACGAUAACCUUAUCAGUGCACUUCCCAAUAACGUGUUUCAGCACGUCCCGAUAACCCAUCUCGAUCUGCGUGGGAACAGAAUUAAAACGUUGCCUUACGAAGGACUUCUUGAGCAAAUACCAGGGAUAGUGGAGCUUUUAUUAGAGGACAACCCCUGGGACUGCAACUGCGAUCUGGUUUCUUUAAAGGAAUGGCUUGAGAAUAUCCCAAAGAAUGCUUUAAUCGGAAGGGUCAUCUGUGAGGCGCCAACCCGACUGCAGGGAAACGACCUAAACGACACGACAGAAAUCGAUCUGUGUCCUUCAAAGAGUGGGAUUGAUUCCAGUUUGGUUGCCCCUCCUACCCAAGAAGAGACUGCUGAUUCUGGACCACUUUCAACGCCUUAUAAAAUACAUGGCGAAGUCGAGUCCCCGACGCCAGGAUCUGGGCAAAAGUGGCGUUCAAAAUCACGGGAAAACUGGCAGCUGAAAAACAAGCCCACGGCUAUGGCGCCUGCAAACAGCAAAAGCGAGCAGCAGUACAUCGUGUCAUGCCCGGUUUCGUGUAGCUGUAAACUGCUGGAGUCCAGACAAGGUCUCAGAGUUAAUUGCGAGGGCAAAAAAAUAGCAACAUUGUCCAGCCUAAAGCCUAAACCCACUAGUGUGCAGGAACUCAAUCUAAGAGACAACAACAUACACAGUGUGAAAAAGAAUCAAUUUCAAGAUUAUCAGAAUAUGACUCUGCUUGAUUUGGGAGGAAAUAAUAUAAAAUUAAUAGAAAACUCCACCUUUCAAAAUCUAACGGGAUUGAGAUGGCUAUAUAUGGAUAAGAAUUAUUUGGAUACACUGAUCCCUGAGAUGUUUACUGGAUUGCAAAAUCUGGAAUAUCUAAGUCUGGAAUAUAAUAAUAUCCAAAUGAUAACUGCAGGGACAUUCAACCCCAUGCCUAAUUUGAGGGUUUUGUUUCUUAACAACAAUCUGUUAAAAUCACUACCUGUGGAUGUUUUUCUUGGAGUGUCCUUGUCAAAAAUUAGCCUGCACAAUAAUUACUUUGCAUUUCUCCCUGCGGCCGGUGUCUUAGACCAGUUAAAUGCUAUUAUACAAAUUGAUUUGCACGGCAAUCCAUGGGAGUGUUCGUGCAAUAUAGUACCCUUUAAACAGUGGACUGAAACGCUUGGAUCAGAGGUUGUAGUGAGCGACUUAAAAUGCGAAUCGCCCGAAGAAUUCUGGAAAAAAGAUUUCCGGCUGAUCAGUAACGACCUGCUGUGCCCCCAGCUUUACAGCAAAAUCCUGCCCACAUAUUCAUCUAAAAACAAUUCAAUUUCCGCAGACAAGGGGACGCGGUCCAACUCUUACCCGGAACCGAGCAGAGUUUCCAUCUCUGUGCUGGUCCCCGGUCUGCUCUUGGUUUUUGUCACAUCUGCGUUCACUGUUGUUGGAAUGCUUGUCUUUAUCUUAAGGAAUCGUAAAAGGUCAAAGAGAAGAGACGGAAACUCGUCGGCUUCGGAGAUAAAUUCCCUUCAAACAGUGUGCGACUCAUCGUACUGGCAUAGCGGGCCUUACCUCGCAGACGGUGCGCACAGAGCCUAUGACUGUGCUACUCACACGCUCACUGACUAGUAUUGUGGAGAACUAGAAAACAAUAAACAAAGGAAUACAAACAGUAAAAGAGCGAUCUAUUCCGUGUACUGCUUUACAGACGGGAAAAAUUGCUAAAAUGCAACGCAUUCGCGUGGUCGAAUAUAUAGUCUAUUUUUGUUCGUUUCAGUUGACUACAGUGCCAGUAAAUAUUUACGAAUGAACUAUUUGUAAUAUAUGUACAGAUCCUCGCCAAUGCAGAUAAUUUGCAAUGAGAACACAUGAAAGAAGAAAGAAGACUUGGUUGGAAAGAGCUGCACGAGCGCAUGAUUGUAAUGUACAAAAAUGACUGUAUCAUACCUGCAUGAUUCGCAUGGUCUCAAAGAACCACUGCGAUCCAUAGCUGUAAAAUGAAAAACAUAUCUAACCCCGUCCUUAAUGUUAUAUAUAUAUUAAAAGUGCCAUUUCUCUAUUUUUUGUGAAAACGCGGUAACGAUUUGUAUUCAUUGUUUAAAACAGUAACUUGCAGACAGAAUGCAGAAUUUAUGCACGUGUUUUGUUGCUCAUUUUUAUAGAGGAUUAAGGGUAAUUAUACUUUUCGCAGAUUUUGCAUAUCUGCUGAGUCACCUCCUCCUGAAUGUAAGCUGUGCUGUUGCUCCAGUGUGCCAGUAGUAAACAUUCAGAGAUACAGAUGCAGAUAAGGGUGGCCAAUUAACAUCACAAUACUGCUUAUGCUGCGAAAGUAAUGUCGCAGAACGUUUCGUAACAUUGUGUUAAUACGUAUACUGUGGGCAAGGAGAUACGACUUACCAGAACAGUCGAUGGUUUUUAUAACGUCAACAUUUUUCAAAAUUAAAAUGCUUCAACUAA